CGAAAUGUCAGUCAAUUUUGUUUUGUUAUUUGUCAGUUUCAGUUUCAGUCAGUUUUCAGUUUGUUACCAGUAAAGUUGAAUUUUAGGUUAUAAAGUUUAAGUUGUUUGAUAUUAAUCGGUAUAUUUAGGCCUUGUAUUAUAAAAUGGUGUUGUAUGAUGAAGCACUCAUACCUUUAGCUAAAAAUAAACACAUCAAAUAUUUUAUGUACCAUCUAGAUAUUAUUCCGUCUAGUUUAUCAAAUUUUGAUACCACCAGAUUAACAAUAGCUUUCUUUGCAAUUUCUGGAUUAGAUAUACUGAAUGGAUUAUCAUCAAUAUCUGAUACGAGAAAGAAAGAAAUUUGUAAUUGGAUAUAUGGCCUUCAAGUCCUCCCAAGUUCUGAUGGUGGAUCGGAGAAAUGUGGAUUCCAAGGUUCCAGCACACUCAUGUAUGAAGAAGCAGGUCGAAGGUCAUUUAUAUCCACCUAUGCCUGUGGUCACUUAGCCAUGACCUACACAGGGUUGGCAGCACUGGUGAUCCUAGGGGAUGAUCUGUCUCGUGUUGAUAGACACGCUUGUGUUCAGGGAGUGAAGGCACUUCAACAUGAUGAUGGAAGCUUCUGUGCCACGUUGUCAGGCAGUGAGAAUGACAUGAGGUUCGUGUAUUGUGCGGCCUGUGUGUGCUACAUGCUCAAUGACUGGUCUGGAAUGGACAUUGAGAAGACUGUAUCAUUCAUCACCAAAAGCAUGUCGUACGACUACGGGAUUGGUCAAGGGCCUGACCUGGAGUCCCACGGAGGUGUCACAUAUUGCGCUGUAGCGGCUCUCACACUCAUGGGAAGACUACAUAAUGUAUUCAGCAGAAAACAGAUAGAAGGCCUGAAGAGGUGGGCAAUCUUCAGACAAGUUACUGGCUUCCAAGGAAGACCUAACAAACCAGAAGACACAUGCUACUCUUUCUGGGUUGGAGCUACUCUUAAGCUGUUGGAGGUGUUUGAUUUGGUUGACUUCAAGGAGAACCGAGAGUACGUAAUGAGCACUCAGAGCACUUUCUCCGGAGGAUUCUCCAAGUGGGCAGACUCCUACGCAGAUCCCAUGCAUACCUAUCUUGGUCUCAGUGGUUUGAGUUUGAUGGGUGAAGAAGGACUGCAAGAAGUUCAUGCUGCCCUUAAUAUCACUCAACGAGCCGUAGCCCAUCUCAAGACAGUUCAGGACCAAUGGGCUUCGUAAGGACUAGCCUAAAUGCCGUCUGAGUCAUCAACUAGAAUGUUCUCUAUUCAGGAGUAUCCUGGACUUUUCAUUUAGUUUGCUUCUUAAGGCUGUCAGUACACUCAAGGUGCCUUAACAAUUUUACUUUUCCCUCUCUCUCUUUGUGCCCAAAAUUGUACAUACUUACUGGAGACGUAAAAAUAAAGUCACCAUUGAUCCCGUUGGAUCGAUUGCAAUCUAGUGACUGUCUAUGAUUUUGUGGUGGAUAGUUUGAAGUUAAGUUUUCUUACAAUACUGAAAAAAUAAUUACUCCUGUACCUUGAUAGAUUCAUUAUAUUAUUUGCUUUCAGCUAUGUUGUAAACUUUUUGAGCAAGAGAUUUUAUUCAAGUUGAACAGGUCUAAGCAAAGGCGUCACAUGAGUGAUGGGAGGGGGGUCACAGGGGGGCGUUCUUUCUACCUCACCAACAGUAAAUUCCCCCCAAAAAUAUUUCUCUACUCUCUUAAGUUAUUUAUACCAAGUUAUAUUAGGGUAUUUACACCCCUCAGCCACCUGGUAGGGGGGUGUUCUGGUUGUGCCCGUCAAAUCUAUGGGUCACGUGACGCCUCUGUCUAAGAUAUUUAUCUGAAAGCAUAAAAAUAUUUCAAAUAACACUUAUAAUAAUUUAUUAUAGCCUACUUAUACUGUUUACUCACAAGAUGGUAAAUAGAUAUAAAAGAUGGUAAGUGGUGGUCAAUUUCGAUUGGACACACCAAUCAUCAUCAGACCCAAUAGGCGAAUGAUCCAAUUAGGCGACCCAAUAGAUUCCCCUAUUGAUGAUUGGAGUGUCCAAUCAAAAUCGAUCACCACUUACCGUCUUUUAUAUGUAUGUCUUGUGAGUAAACAGUACAAGUGUAAAUGUAUUAUUAAAAGUGUUAUUUGGCGUAUUUUUCUGCUUUCUGGUAAUUUAAUAACACGUACGAUGCUGAUCAAGAAGUUAUUCAAGAUAUAUAUGUCUGGUUUAGGACCUAAACCCUUUACAUUUUGUACUAGUGUAGGCCUAGUGUCAAAACUCAAAACCGAAUUUCAAAACCACUGAAACAUUGGAAAAGUUUCCAUUUUGCGAUUCUAUCUACAAGUUUUGAGUUUCAAAACCGAAACUGCUAAAAUAUUUUGGCGUCGUUAUUAUGGUUAUUUUUAACAGAAAAUACAAGGCGAACUGCCAAGGUCACAAGCCUUCCGUUAACAGUCGUUUAUAUUCUCUAGUUACGUUCAAUUACGUAUCAAAUAUGUUAUUAUGAACUGUAUUUUUUGUAAAAUUAACCAGGCAAGUAAACAAUUUGUGAGUUAAGGUUUUCAGAUUCGGUAUUUAACUUUUUAAGUUUGGGUUUUGAGAUUCAAUAGUUUUAAAAUGGGCUAAGCUAUCCUUGAUAAUUGAGCUGGAUAAAGAUAAGCUGAUCUUGAUCGGUAUAAAAGUUAUCCUAUCAUUAAUUCUAAAUUCAUCCUCUAUUAAUAUAGAAAUAUGUACCUGAGUCAUGUAUUUCAUCAUUCGGCACAGUAAUUCAGUAAAGAUAGAAAAUCUGAAAAAGUAAGAUAUUUUGGACAUUUGGGUCACUAAUUAAUACUUUGUAUAACCAGUAACUACUGAGAUAUCUUUUCUGCAGUUGCCAUAAACUGGUCAGUAAUGAUGCCAUUUAGUCCCUCUGGGUUUGUGUAUAGUACUGUAGGCAUAUUUGUAUUUUUUUUCUUAUAAUGCUGUGCUAUUGGUAAAGGUUGUUUUCCAAUCUGUAAAAAGCACAAAAGUAGGCUAACAUUAUUAUAGUAAAAAAUUGUUAAUUAUAGAAGUUGAAUAGAUAUAUACUCUUAUUAAUCAAUAAAUCAUUAAAUAAAAUAGGAUCAAUAAAACAUAAGAGAUGAUCAAAAGUAUGCUAUUGUGAAAUGUUUAAUUUUUAGGGUAAUAGGCUAAUUUUGUAUGAUAUUUAUAUUUAUUUUCUGUAUAUGCAAUUAUUAUUAUUUAUUUGUGUAUAUUUUAUAUUGAUCAUAACCGUUCUUUAGGCUUAAAAUUUGAUUUUGCCUGUUUAUCAUGUAUGUAUUGCUUUUAAUAAUAUUUUAGCUCUAACUUCUAAAGAAAUUCCCCUUUUUCGAGUACUUUAAGUAGGCUAAUUAAAUUAUACAACCAGCCUAGUGCUUUAUUUUGAUGGAUUAUUUAAAUAUAUAAUACCCCUGCCACAGCUAACCUGCAGACUAAGCGAAUUUCCAUUUGCCUGAUAGGUUUUUCACAUAAAUCUAUUUAAAUAACAGGUUUGCUGCUACAGGGAGGUUAAUGAAAUGUGUUUUUAGUAAAAUAUUAAUAGUAUAAGAUAAACAAAUAUGCCAAGUUUCAUGAAACUAUGUUUAUAAACAAGCAAAAUAUUAUAGUUUACUUAACUUCCAUAAGAAUAAGAUGGGAAUUUUAAAUUAAAAGUUUGUUUAGUUAUCUCCGUAGUCAAUAACUGUGCAAAAAAAAACUUCAAUAUACUUAAUUAUUAGUUUUAUAAGCUCUUCAUAAUGGUUUGGAAAGAAAUAUAAAAAUUUAAUGUUUUAAGGGUCUAAAAUGGGAAAACCCAAUUUUUGCCCCAUAAACCUCUGUUCCCAUAAUCCGAUCAUGCUGGUUCACGAACUCGUUCGAAUAAACGUAGGUUUACAAGCUUGUACCGAAUUUAAUCAAAAUCGAUAAUUUUUGCUUGAGUUAUCGUGCUAACGGACACACACACACACAUACAUAAUACUAGCAGAGUACCCGUCCUUUGUACGUAGUUGGCAUAUAAGUAUAAAAUGCUUAUUGCAGUUAUACUCGUCCUUUACGUUUGCAAUGAGAGAGGACACGGCUUAAGAAAAUUUGGUUCUUUUAAUUUACGGUAUGCUAUAGUAUAGCACAUCUACCAUAGCCAUAAUAUUCUACCACUGCCCCUAAACAAUAAAAAAGUGAAAUGUGAGCUAACAAAAUUCAACCCAAUCCGACCAGUAUUUUUUGCGUUUACUUGUCACAAACAUCCAUACAUCCAAACUUUCUCACUUAUAAUAUUAGUAGGAUGAAUUUGAACGGAUGGUGUUUUUGGCUUCUGGGUACAUCAAAACAAAAAAGAAAAUCAGCUCCGGGUCCAGGUCUUACCAUGAGACCUACGUUUAAAGCUAUUUCUCUAUAUGGGAAAUUCGAUAAAAACACUGUAAAAUAAAAUGCCCCCACCGCAGCAAACCUGCAGAUCAAGAAAGUUUUCAUUUUCCUGAUUUGAUUUUCAAUUACAGUAGAACCCUCCGUAUCCGACGAUGACGGGACCAGGCCAUGGUCGGAUAUCAGGAGGAGCAUAACCUGCAGUCUCCGUGACAUUAGUAAUUGUCUCCGGCGACCUUGAAACCACAAGUGAGCAUAUUAAAGUCUCCACGACUUCGGAAAUCGUCUCCCGGGACUGCUGAAAAACCCGUCAUUGGCGACAGUGAUGAUUGUCCGCCGUGAUUACGGCAACAUCUGCGAUUGGUGUUAGCGCCCCAGACAGGAAACAAGUAGACACAGGUUUCAAGUAGGAUAUCUUGAGGAGUCGGUUAUUCCAAGGUUGGAUAUGAGGGGUUCUACUGUAAAUCUAUAUCAAUAACUUUUGGUAUAACAAGUACCUAGGUUUGUUGCUACAAGGAGGGUAAUAAAGUGUGAGGAGGGUAAUACAUUUUUUCCCCGUAACCAUUAAACAUACAAAAACACUUCAAUAUACUAAAUUAUUAGUUUUCAUCAGUUCAAAAUGGUUUAGAGAGAAAUUAGGAAAUUUAUGUUUUGAGGGUCAAAAAGGAGAAUACCCCUGCCACAGCAAAGCUGCAGGGCCAGAUUUGAUUUUCAAUUAAUCUAUUUCCCCCAUUAGGUUUAACAAGUACCUAGAGGGUAAUGUAGUUUGUUUUUUUAGUUAAAUAUUAAAAGCUUAGUAUAAAAUAAUAGAUUUACCAAAUGUGAUAAAAAUAUAUCCAUACUUACUUAUUCUCCGUAACCAAUAACUGUUAAAAAACACAUCAAUAUACUAAAUUAAUUUUUCUUUCAACUCUUCAAAUUGGUCUAGAGAGCAAUUGGGAAAGUUAAUUUAUCAGGGUCAAAAACGAGAAAAAAACAAUUUUUACCUCAUAAAUUCACCCAUAAAACCCUGUUCCCUAGAUCCUAUCACGCUGGUUUGCGAACUCAUUUGAAUUUUUACAUGUUCGUACCAAAUUUUAUGGAAAUGAGAUCAUUUAAGGUUGAAUUAUCGUGCUAACGGACGCACACACACACACUAUAUAGCUUAUACCCUACCCCAUAUGGGAAAAUUGCUAAAAACUUAUUUUUACCCUAUAAAUCCCCGAUUUAACCCUGUUCCCAUGGUUCGAUCACGAUGGUUUGCAAAAUUGUUUGAAUAAACCUAAGUUUACAUGUUUGUACCAAAUUUUAUCGAAAUCGGAUCAUUUUAGUUUGAAUUAUCGUGCCAACAGACGCAGACACACAUAAUAUCAAAAUUCAAAAUCGAAACGGAUGGUGUUCUUGGCCUCUGGGGACUUAAAAACGAAAAAGUAAAUCAGUCUCGGGUCCAGGUUUUACCUUGUGACCUAUGGUAAUAGCAUGGAUAACACAUAGUUCCUUAGUAGAUUUCCCAUCCUUAUGGAACAGCUGAAUGCAAUUUUAUUGUUGGUUCUGUCCGGUUUUCUGUAGAUGUUGUGUUUUGUUUACAAUUUGUUUCUAUUAUUUUCGGGUUAGUUUCUCAUUAUUUGUGUCUCACUGUUUGGUUAUAUAGUUAGUGGACGAGUUAUUAUUUAUGAUCAGAUAGUUUUAUUUGGUUAAGGUAACACAAUAGUCCCUAUCACGUCCAUGUUAAUUUCACCAUUUUUAGGUACACCUAACUUCUUUAAAAAUUAUCCUAGCAACCUGAAAUUUUUAUACAUUGUCUUACGCACCUUUCUCAACGAUAAUAGGAACCACUUUUGUUCUAAAGUUAAAAAUAAUUUUUUAUGCAUUUUUUUUAAACAUAAAUAUUUUAUCACGUUUUUUAAUUAAAAAAUAAUUAAAACUCGGGUUGUAUCAAAUAUUUUGUAAUUUCACUUCCUAUUAUUAUUUGUUAAUAUACACAGAAGGUCUGUAAAAAAUUUCAUUAAAAUCGGUUCAUAAAUGUGUCAAAAAAAUGUACCGGACGAAGAAAAAAGUAAAUUUUCGGUAAAUCGCAUAUAAAGCCUUAGUCGCUGUCAUGCGAUCACUGAAACAGCUGUGCAAGAUUUAUAAUAAAUGACAAAAAAUCUAUCAAAUAAAUUUUAUUAUAUAACAUAUUUGGUAUCUAUGGAUUCAGGAUUAAAUUUAUAACUAGAAUUAAUUAUAAAAAAAAAAUAUAUUUAUUUUUUAUUUUUGCAUAUAAAUCCUUAGCCGCUGUCAUGCGAUCACUGAAACAGCUGUGCAAGAUUUAUAAUAAAUGACAAAAAAUCUAGGUAUCAAAUAAAUUUUAUUAUAUAACAUAUUUGGUUUCUAUGGAUUCAGGAUAAAAUUUUAAACUAGAAUUAAUUAUAAAAAAAAAAAAAAUUUUUUAAAUUUUUGACUACUGUGUUACCUUAAACGAGAUUUUAAGUUACUUUUAUAACAAGAAACAAAUUUUAAACAAAACACGACAUCUACAGAAAACCGGACAGAACUAACAAUAAAAUUGGCUUCAGUUGAUCCAUAAGGAUGGGAAAUCUACUAAGGGACUGUGUUUUAUCUAUGGUAAUAGCUUAUUCCCCUAUAUGGGAAAUUCGCUAAAAAUAGUUAUUUUGUGCACUGACUUGCAGAUGCACAGAGGACAAUUAAAUCAAUUAUUCACCGCACAAACAAAAUAAAUGUGUUAAUUUCCCUUCUGUUAUACCUCAGUUGACAUAAUUGUAUUUUUGUAUGGAAACAUCUGUAUAAUAUUAUAUUUUAUUAUUAAAUUAAAUGUCUAAGUUAGGUUAUGUGAGCUCUCAACAUCUGGUACUUGUAGGAAAUAUUCGGAUAAACACUCAGGUCAUGUGUAGAGUAAAGUUCUAUCCAGACUAAAUAAAUUUGAAAAUAAUUUUAACACAGAUAAUAAACCUUGUUUUAAAUAAAUUUUAAGCUUAUAAAUAUUUUAGUGGUUACUAAAUAAAACUUGUCAAUUUCCAAGAAAAGAGUUUAUCUAUUUAAUGUUGCAACAAAUGUGUAUUGUAUUUAUUAUAUCAUAAUAUUAAGCUUUUUUAAAAUAUUUUGUAUCAUUAAAAACUAGCAAAGUAUUUAAAUGGUUUUAAUAUAAUUUAAAUU